GUCAUCGGCUCUCCUGUUUAGCGUCAGCGGGCUAGCGGGGCUAAACGCUCCUUCCUAAGCCGAACAAAUGUUGUCUCUCGGCGCUGUGCGAGAAGGAGGAGAGCGGGGCGGCAUGGCGGCGACGUGUUGUUGAUAUUGACCGCCGACACACAGCAGAGUUAUGCUCUCACGAAAGAAAAGUAAAAGCGAGUCGUCGAAGCCAGCAGAGGUACACGGCAAGUACGUCAAGAAGGAGACGUCGCCGCUACUCAGAAAUCUUAUGCCCUCAUUCAUCCGCCAUGGACCCACCAUUCCCAGGCGCUCUGACGUCCCCCUACCGGACAUGGGACCCUCUGCAUACCCCACACCCCCCAGCCGUGAGCCUGUGGCGUCCCGCAACAAGAGCUUCCUCCGGCCACCCGUGCAGAGACCCCCUCACGAGGUAGCCCGCCGCGAGAGCCACCGCUUGUCGGCGCCCCCUUACCUGCCCCGCAGUUUAGGCGAGCUUCCCCACGAGUACGCCGGCUCGUUGCAAUCCUUCCUGACGGAUGCGAGCCCCGUGUCGGAGAACGGAGACGCCGGGCGCUAUUAUUACCCCUCGGAGGCGUCAUACUACGACGGCCAGCAGCAGCAGCCGAGGAGACUCCCGGAGCGUUUCCCUGACGACUAUCGCUACUACGAGCUCAGUGAACACAACUUCCAAAGACUCCCGCGGCAACACACCCCCCCUGCUCCGAGCAGACCCCCCUCAGGCAUAGGUCGAAUACAGGCCAAGUCCCUGGGGAACCUCUCUAGUCUCACAGCGGAGGACAUGCCCCUCCCCGCCGGCUGGACCGUGGACUGGACCAUCCGUGGCAGGAAGUACUACAUCGACCACAACACUAACACCACGCACUGGAGCCACCCUCUGGAAAGGGAGGGGCUCCCUCCGGGCUGGGAGAAAGUGGAGUCGGCCGAGUUUGGGGUGUACUACGUGGAUCACAUCAACAAGCGGGCGCAGUACCGACACCCCUGCGCUCCCAGCGUUCCUCGCUAUGACCAGCCGCCGCCUCUACCGCCUCCGGUCACCUACCAGCCGCGGCCUGCUGAGAGGAACCAGCCGGUGCUGGUCCCAGCCAACCCUUACCACACUGCCGAGAUCCCAGAUUGGCUGCAGGUCUACGCCCGUGCCCCCCUCAAGUACGACCACAUCCUGAAGUGGGAGCUCUUCCAACUAGCCGACCUGGACACGUACCAGGGCAUGCUGAAGUUGCUCUUCAUGAAGGAGCUGGAGCACAUCGUCAAGUCGUACGAGGCGUACCGCCAGGCGCUGCUCUCCGAGGCGGAGGCUCGCAAGCAGCGGCAGCAGUGGUACGCUCAGCAGCCCAACAAGAACUUCAUGGGGAACAUGUGACGACUCCGCCCACCACGCUGAGUUUCCCGCAGUUUUUUUGGGGGGGGGUCGCGGUCAGGCGGGAUUGCCUCUUUUACCAAAUCCAUCUGUGUCUUGGCUCGAUCCAAAUAUAGCAGACAGGAAGACGCAUGCUGGCUUGAGGAACCCAAAACAAAGCGGAGAACAUGCCACGUGCGCUUGUGGUGCUCUUAUGUAUGGACUUGGACUUUUCAGUCGCGAGAGACUAGGGUGGGAAAAAAAAUGUGCCUUUUUACAGUCAACCAAAAGCAACAUUGUUAUUUAAAAAAAAAAAAAAAAUCAGCUGAUAUUUCCUUAUUUCAGACGCGUCCUUCUUCUCCUGUGAGAGAGAACAUGGCGGCUUCUUCUCCUUUUGUGGCCUUUUUUUUUUUUUAAACCCAUCCCCCGCUUUCAGCUUUUGCUAUUCCUCUUGUAGCCUUUCUAAGACAAUCUAAGACAAAUAUGGACCAUAUUUAAUUGUCAACAAGGAACGCGUCUUUAUUUAAUUAAAGAUAAGCAUCGGCCCGGCGUGCCGCCAGGCUAGCUGAUGAUAAGCUACCGGAACCAACCUCUUUGGAAACACCUCGGAAAAAAAUUCACAAACGUCUCAAAAGCCAUAAGAGAAUGCUGGUUGUUGCUACCAGCAGGAAGAAUUAGAAAUAUUUUAAUAUAUAACUAUAAUAUCUAAACAUGCAUGCAGGUUCUGCUUGUGCUCGGUGGAAUUUAGUAGGAUUUCAUACCCAAAGUUGGAUGAUUGGCAUUGAAUUGGAAAUAUGCAUCGUCUUCCACAUAUGGAGGACCAAAACUGCCAAAAUAGUAAAUAAAUAAAUAAAUAAAAGUGAAAAUAAAAACACAAAUGAAAAAAAAAAUCAAAAAAUUAAAUACAAAAAAAGAAAUAUAAAUGGAAAUAAAAACAAAAAUAAAAAAAUAUAUACAUAAAUAAAUAAAUAAAAGCAAAAAUAAAUACAAAAAUAAAAAACAAGAUUCAAAAAUAAAAAAUAAAUAAAAAAUAAAUAUAUAAAUAGAAUUACAUAUCAAUAAAUAAAUAAAAGCACUCUGCUGUCAUAUGUAUUUAUUUCAUGCUGCAGACAAUGUCAGCUUGAAAUGCAGAAGGAAAAACUAUUCAAAUGAGGGGGCGGUCCUAAGUGUGUCUUGGGUUGAACUGUUCGCCUAUUGGUUGAUCGACAUGUGAGUGCGAAAAUCGACUAGGUAUGCCCUGCAAACAGCCACAGCAAGAGGAAGUCACCACACCACUCUCAAUGGCGGUAAAUAUGGCUGCAAUCUCCAGGGAUCUCCGUUUGCUAGCAGAUAUUUCGCCAUUAUUGUCCCGGUAAAUGUAUACUUUUCUCCCUGUAUACUUCCUCUUGGUGUGGCCGUUUGCAGGGCAUACCUAGUCGAUUUUCGCACUCACAUGUCGAUCAACCAAUAGGCGAACAGUUCAACCCAAGACACACUUAGGACCGCCCCCUCAUUUGAAUAGUUUUUCCUUCUGCAUUUCAAGCUGACAUUGUCUGCAGCAUGAAAUAAAUACAUAUGAGAGCAGAGUGCUUUUAUUUAUUUAUUGAUAUGUAAUUCUAUUUAUAUAUUUAUUUUUGUAUUUAUUUUUGUAUUUUAUUUUUAAUUUUUGAAUCUUGUUUUUAUUUUUGUAUUUAUUUUAGCUUUGAUUUAUUUAUUUAUGUAUAUAUUUUUUCAUUUUUGUUUUUAUUUCCACUUUUAUUUAUUUAUUUAUUAUUGUGGCAGUUUUGGUCCUCCAUAUCCACACGGAGAGCCUGUAAACACGAACAUAAACAAAACAGGAAGUGAAGGGGAGGGACCAAAGGGCUCAUGACACCAAAAAAACUACCCACUUCAACAUUUUUUUAUACUGCUCUCACAUAAACAACAAUGAAAUGGUGAUUUCGGCACGAACCCGUACUGAGAAUUUUCUGAACCACCAUCAACUCGGUUAUGACGUCACGACCAGAAACGCUCCAAAUUUUAGUGACAGUUCAUGUUUAGUCAUUUUAGUCACGUCUAACAUUGGCACUUACACUACAAUCAGCUACAGCAGAUUAAACAUUAGCCGCCUAGCAUGUCGGAACCAACCUGGUUACGAACGGCUCCUCCAGGGAAUAUUAGAUACGUGAUUGACUCACUGCCAACUUGGCACGCUUUUCCACUUUUUCCACCGUCUUGGGCCGUAUUUCGACCGGCAUUGGACAAAUGUCGAAGCACCUGGAGGCGAAAUGUAAACAAGCUUACUCCAUCUUGUGGAGUCUUCCUGCUGUAGCUGUCAUCACAAUGAGCAGGCCUAUGGAAAAUAUAUACCAAAGUACACAAAUUGACCCCAAUGGGGACCAUGACAGCUGAACCGGCGUUUCUGGGCGGGAGCUUCUGGGGUAUACGGCACUGCCCCUCAUUUUCAAUAAACAGGAAAUAAGCCUUUCAAAUAAAUUUUCCACAGCAAAUAUAAUAAUUUUGGUGUCCUGAGCCCUUUAAAGAAAUGUUUGCUUCCUCGUCAUUUCGAUGGCAAAUCCUACUAAAGUGUCCCAGAAUGGUGUUUUGAGUAGCACACGCUGCACUCCUAAGGCUUUGUGCUUUUAUUUUGUGGGGGGCCGGCGCUAAGUACGCUACAAGGGUCCCAUUGGAGACGGCUUCUUUACACGCUGAAGGUUGUUUGGUAAUAAUAAACCUCAAGUCUGCUUUCUACUCUUAA